GCUACUGUGUGUCUAUACCUCUGGACAUGGCACGUCUCACCCUCUCAGUCUUUCUUGUCCUUUACUUCUCUUUGCUGCAUAUGAACUUUGGGCAUCCAACUCGGACCAGAAAAGUGUCCGCUCGCCAAGCUGGUGCAGUUGCAGAUGAAGACGAUGUCAAGACUCAGCUUGAGAAAUUGUGGCUGGAGGUGAAUUCACUGAAAGAGAUGCAAGCAUUACAGACAGUUUGUCUUCGUGGAAUCAAAGCUCACAGAAAAUGCUAUCUCACUGUUGAGGUGCCCAAACAUUACCAUGAAGCAAAUGAGGACUGUAUUGCACAAGGAGGAACUCUUGCAACACCAAGGGACAUGAUGGAAAACAAUGAGCUAAGAGACUAUGCAAAGAGGAGUGCUCCGGGAACCAAGGAUUUUUGGAUUGGAGUUGCAGACAUAGUGAAAGAAGGCCAGUACAUUGAUGUCAACAGCCAACCCAUCAGCUACUUUAAUUGGGAUCGUACCAAAAAACAGCCCACAGGAAACAAGAGGGAGAGCUGUGUGGCCCUGUCAGUGGCUGCCCAAGGAAAGUGGUAUGAUGAAGUGUGUCGCAGUUUGAAAAAGUACAUUUGUGAAUAUAUUAUUCCCUAGAGUACCAUGCAAAGUUGUUACAUGUAGUGUCCACAUUGGGUCAUUUAUUUAGGCUACAUCAUAUAGGUCCUAUAACAGUUGUGUUUGUUUAGUUGACAGAAUAGCAUGGGCCUUUUUUAAAUCCAAAAUCAGCAAUAGCUUAAUAUAGACUAUAAACCAUUUAAUUUAAUUACAUUUGGACAUUUGAUCUCAAUUAUUCAAGACCAUUCCUGUUAUAUGAGAAAGGUUUCUAUAACCCUGUAUUUCCAAAAAUAAAUAAAUAAAUAAAUACUGGGGGGUUGGAUGACAUUUAAAACUGGCAUAAAGUAAAAUAAAAACCGCUAUAAGAGUAAAACGUUCACCGCAGAAGGGUGCGUCCUUUACGUCAACUGCCUGUUUUAAGAUUGUA